AUGUGCUCCUUUCCUUGCAAACACUUGGGUCACUGUCAGAAGCUUUGCGAGCAAGAAAAAAACCUCAACUCGACCCUGCUUCACUUGUGCGUCAUGGCGCAGACGGAGAUAGACGACUCGCACCUCUCGGUGCGCUUCAGGCAUGGUGUGCACACGAUUUACCUCUUCGUUGAUUCGCAAGCUCCAUUUUCGCAUAUCAGCAGUGAACUUGCCAGCAUUCUACACGAGCGCUAUCCUCGGGGGCUCACAACCAGUCUCGAGCCGCCCACGACAACAGUGAUCCCCGCACAGCCCAAGUUUGUCUAUGGCCUCUUGAAUAAGCACGAUGAUCCUUCCCAUGGCUGGAAACGUAUCAAUGUUGGGCCGGAUGAGGGAUUUGCGCCUACAAAAUGUGGCCUAAAGAAUAACAGCCUUGUAGCUUUCAUGGUGCAGGAUGACGGCGACGACCCGGAUGACGUCGUCUUUCAAGUGGAGUGGCCGACCGAGGAUGAAGAAUUGUACGAGCAGGAGCUAUGA